CUUACUCACACUCUCUUUCUCUCAUGCUUUUAUUUAGUCGUAGUUUGGUUGCUGGACAUGAGGGUCGAGAAGGCACCAAUCUUUCCAGUAAUGAUGUUCCUCAAAAUGGCUUCUCCACUUCAUCUGGUCUUUCUGUUCAUGAUCUCAGGAGCUCUUGGGAAUAAAUGGAGUGUGACAUACAGCGAAACAAAUCUCUGUUCUUUAAAAGGAUCUACAGUGUUUAUGAACGUCACGUACACACACCCAACAGGUCUUACAGUGACGAACAGGUUUUGGUUAAUAAACCCAGUUAAUGGUAAAGAACCGACUGAUCUGCGUAAUGAACCAGGUUACUCAGGCAGAGUGGAGUAUUUAGGAGAUGAACAGAAACACUUCUCCCUCAGACUGAGUGACGUGAAGAAAUCAGAUGAACACACGUACUGCUUCAGAAUCAUAACAAAUAAAGAAGGAGAAAGAUACCUGGGUCACAGUGGAGUUACACUCACUGUUACAGAUCUUCAGGUGAUCGCUCCUGCAGAAGUGACAGAGGGACAAUCAGUCGUUCUGAUCUGUAAAACCACCUGCAGUCUGACUGAUCCAACAUUCAUCUGGUACAAAAACAGACGUGAUUUAACCACAAACACCCCCAAGAGCAAUGAACUCCACCUGCAGCCGGUCAGCAGUGAGGAUGCAGGCAGUUAUAGCUGUGCUGUAAGAGGAUAUGAACAUCUCCCCUCUCCUGAUCAAACCAUCAGAGUCAGAUAUCCUCCAAAGAACGUCUUAGUGUCCAUCAGCUCCUCUGGUGGAAUAGUGGAGGGCAGUUCAGUGACUCUGACCUGCAGCAGUGAUGCUAACCCACCUGUGGAGAACUACACCUGGUUUAAGGGGACAACAUCAGUAGGAAAAGGAAAGACCUACAACAUCUCCAAGAUCAGAUCUGAGGACAGUGGAGAGUACAAGUGCGAGUGCAGUAAUGAAGUCGGACAUCAGGACUCCGUCGGUGUAACUUUGAAUGUUCUGUAUCCUCCAAAGAACAUCUCAGUGUCGAUGAGCUCCUCUGGUGAAAUAGUGGAAGGAAGUUCAGUGACUCUGACCUGCAGCAGUGAUGCUAACCCACGUGUGGAGAACUACACCUGGUUUAAGGGGACGACAUCAGUAGGACAAGGAAAUACCUACACCAUCUCCAAGAUCAGCUCUGAGGACAGUGGAGAGUACAAGUGCAAAUGCAGUAAUGACGUCGGACAUCAGGACUCCAUCAGUGUAACUCUGAAUGUUCUGUAUCCUCCAAAGAACAUCUCAGUGUCCAUCAGCUCCUCUGGUGAAAUAGUGGAGGGCAGUUCAGUGACUCUGACCUGCAGCAGUGAUGCUAACCCACCUGUGGAGAACUACACCUGGUUUAAGGGGACAACAUCAGUAGGAAAAGGAAAUACCUACAACAUCUCCAAGAUCAGAUCUGAGGACAGUGGAGAGUACAAGUGCAACUGCAGUAAUGAAGUCGGACAUCAGGACUCCAUCAGUGUAACUCUGAAUGUUCUUUAUCCUCCAAAGAACGUCUCAGUGUCCAUCAGCUCCUCUGGUGAAGUAGUGGAGGGCAGUUCAGUGACUCUGACCUGCAGCAGUGAUGCUAACCCACCUGUGAAGAACUACACCUGGUUUAAGGGGAUGACAUCAGUAGGAAAAGGAAAGACCUACACCAUCUCCAAGAUCAGAUCUGAGGACAGUGGAGAGUACAAGUGCAAGUGCAGUAAUGAAGUCGGACAUCAGGACUCCAUCAGUGUAACUCUGAAUGUUCUGUAUCCUCCAAAGAACGUCUUAGUGUCCAUCAGCUCCUCUGCUGAAAUAAUGGCGGGCAGUUCAGUGACUCUGACCUGCAGCAGUGAUGCUAACCCACCUGUGGAGAACUACACCUGGUUUAAGGUGAAUGAAUCAUCACCUGUAGGACCUAGACAGAGUUACCGAGUUCUACAGAGUGGACAGUACUACUGCGAGGCUCAGAAUAAACACGGCUCUGAGAGAUCAGCUGCAGUGUCCGUCACUUUAAACAGGGUUCAGAGCUUAGGUGUGUACGCAGGUGUUGGGGCUGUUGUGUUUGUGUGUGUUUGUCUCAUCAUCACCUUCCUGUUUAUAAGAAGCAGGAGACAGAAGAAAAAGGCAGAUGAAGGUGACCCUCAGAACGUCGGGCCGAGCGCUAAAGACGACACGUACGCAGCUCUCGACCUCACGGGCCGGACAUCUGAUGAUGUGUAUCACACACUUGCAAUUUCUCAUCCCAGGCCUCCUGCUGACACGCCCACUUCCUCUGACUAAAGAGCAGAACAUGAUGAAUGAAAUGAGUCCUGAAACAGCUGAUGAAUAGAGAGAGCUCCUCACUGAAGUGGAGAAACUGAAUCGCUCCUUUACACCAGCGACAUCAGCAUCUUACAGCCAUUUAAAGCAGCUUUAAUCAUUUUAUAGCAGUGUGUGAAGUACUUUUUCUCCUGCCAGCAGGUUAGGACUGUUCCAGUCAGCUGUAGAGUUUUCACUCAUUAGUUAUCGCUUCUUUAUUGUGAAUUUUGUAACUGAAUAAAGGGAUUGAAGCUCAACUGAAGUCCAGAAUGGAAAUAUAUUUAGCAGAGAAUGUGUAUUUAGUGAGAAAUAAAACUAAUUAUGAUGUAUUAACUUUCUCAGAACUGUACGCUGUAGGUCAGUGUUAUAGAUUUAAGCAGCUAAUGUGUCAGUGCUGAUUGAUCUAAAGUAAUUACAGCUAUAAACUCAUUUAAAGUAGUGAAGUGAUGUUUUAUUUACUGUUGACAGUGUGAGCGGCCAUGUUGGUCUGAUGUCAUGUACUGAACUCGGGGUUGGGGAGACCUUCCUGACUUUCUGCGUAGGAAUUUCUUUUUUAAUUUUUUUUUUGUUCUUGUUGAGGUCCCGAUUGUCUCAUGAGGUCCUGAUUGUCAGCCAGUGAUCCUGGGAUAGACUCCUGAUUCACUGUGACUCUGACCAGGAUAAAGCUCUUGUAUAUAUCGCAGUAGAGCCACUUUAACUAUUCAAAGCUGUUCAUAUACAUCCUUGUUUCAUUUUGUCUCACUCCAAAUAAAAAGAUAAAUCAUAUUAUUCCA